CCGCCCCGCGGAUGGGCGGGAGUGUCGGGGGGAGCGGCUGCCGGGGCCUCGGGGCGGCGCGGGGGGAGGACGCGGCCAAGCGGCGCUGAGGGACCCGGUGUGGGGAAGGCGCCCCGGGCUGGAGCGGCCGCCUUCCUCCCCGCCGGGCAAAAUGCCCCGCCGGAAGCAGCGUAACCCACAGCCAGUCAAAGUGGAUGCCGUCGGAGCUACCGCCGCACCCCCGGGAGACAGCCAAGCGCCGCAGGGUGGCUUCCUCCUGGAGCACGAGCUGGAGCUGGAAGAGAGCGGCGGCGAGCAGAUCCUGGCCUUCGAGAAGGACUCGGAAGACUCACUUGGGGGGACCCCUGGGCUGCCGGCCUACACCCUGAGCGACGAGGAGUUCACGCCUCUAUGCCAGACCCAGGAGGACAAAGAGACUGGUGGCCCAGGCCUGGCUUGUCACCACUGUGGCCUGCCUGCUCCUGGCUCCACCCCCUGCCGUCCCUGCACUGAGGGGGAUGAGGAAGGCUCCCCUAAGGGGCGUGUGGUCUUCUCCUGCCAGCUGUGCCCCUUCGCCUCGCAUUAUUCCAGCCAUCUCAAACGGCAUAUGAAGACUCACAACGGUGAAAAGCCUUAUCGCUGUCCUCACUGCUCCUACGCCUCAGCCCAGCUAGUCAACCUGACCCGCCAUCUGCGCACCCACACGGGCGAGAAGCCAUACCGCUGCCCUACUUGCCCCUUUGCUUGCAGCAGCCUCGGCAACCUCAAGAGGCACCAGCGAAUCCACGGCCAGGAACGGCCACUGCGCUGCAGCUCCUGCAACUGCCGCUGCAUCCACAACAGCAACACUCUCCAGCACCACACACAGCAUCUCCAAGGGGAGUCAGAGCCAGAGUUGGAGGGACCACCUGUAGCUGACCAGGAGACAGAACCACUGCUGCCUGGCUCCCCAUUCCUGCGGCCCGAGGACUCUGCCACCGUACUCCCUGAGCUGCUAUUCCCGUUCACCUGCAGGGCCUGUGGACUGGUUUUGGAGGGUGAUGAGGGCCUGGGUGAGCCUGUGUGUGGGCGCUGCAGCUUGACCGUGCUGGGCACUGAGCCUGCUUCUCCAAAAGGCUUCUCGUGCCAGCUGUGUCCCUUUGUUACCACCUAUCCCAACCACCUGGCUCGGCACAUGAAGACCCACAGUGGUGAAAAACCUUUUGCCUGCGCCCUCUGCCCAUAUGCCUCAGCCCAUUUGGACAACCUCAAACGCCACCAGCGGGUGCACACUGGUGAGAAACCCUACAAGUGCCCACUGUGCCCCUAUGCCUGUGGCAACCUCGCCAAUCUCAAGCGGCAUGGCCGCAUCCACUCGGGAGACAAACCUUUCCGCUGCCGCCUCUGUUCCUACUCCUGCAACCAGAGCAUGAACCUCAAGCGCCACAUGCUGAGACACACAGGUGAAAAGCCCUUCCAGUGCCGCAUCUGCCCCUACACCACUGGCCACUGGGACAACUAUAAGCGCCACCAGAAGGUGCAUGGUCAGGGCAUGGCAGAUGAAGGGGGACCGGGACCAGACAGUGGUAUGUCCUAAAAUGGGAAGAGGAUUCCUGGGCACUUAAGUGCACUCAUGCUGGAGAGACUGUUAGCAUCAGCCCUCACUACCUGUGGGGGUAGACUUGAGGCACUGACUUGUUAGCAAGCUUCCUGGGGCUGGAUGGAAUCUGUGUAUACCUCGGCUGUGUUUGUGUGUGUAUGGGAGGGUGGGCGGGGGUUACCUUGUCAGUUCUGAACAAUGUUAUUGUUCUGCCCAAACACUUCUGAGGAUUGGAAGAAGCAAACUCUGCUUUCUGCUCCUUAAGGUCCCAUCUCAAGUUAGUGUGACAGAUUUGAUUUGCUGCUCAAGGGAGGGCAGCUGAAGCCCAUGCAGGCUGUGGGGAGGGGAAGGGAAGUUCUUGGUGCUUUUCUGUCCUUUGUGCCUGCCACCUCCAUCCCUCCUUUAACUGUGGUUGCUGCUUGAGUCUGUGUAAUUUAUAUGGUGUAUUAACGCAUUAAAUGGUUUUCUUAUCUUGCUUUCUUUUAGCUGGGAUGCGGGGGGAAGGGGUCAAGUAGUACCUGAACCCAGGGCUUGCUGCUGUGUCAUCUGAAGCCUAGCCUGAAGGGAACAGGCUCAGCAGGCAGCUCCUCUUUAUUUUGGAAAUACCUCCUCCAAGUGCCACUGCAAACAGAACUAUUUAGCACCCUUUUCUCAGCCCUCCCAUCUCCAGGUGAACAGCCACUUCCAGUGU